CCCUGGGCCGGCGGCGCAGCGUGCAGCUCAGCCAUCACAGCGAGGAGAACAAAGCGCGAGGAAGAACAGCGUGGAAGAGUCGUGACACCACCGAGCGAGGCACCGCCGAUACACCGGCCACACCACCGCAGAACAACAUGACGGACGCCGAAGAGAAGCCCGAGGUCCACCAGGAGCCGAAGAAGGAGAAAACCGUUCUCGCCACAGGAGUGCGAGGGACGGUCAAAUGGUUCAACGUUAGGAACGGCUAUGGCUUCAUCAAUAGGGAUGACACCAAGGAAGAUGUAUUUGUCCACCAGACGGCCAUCAAGAAGAACAACCCAAGGAAGUACCUGCGCAGCGUAGGUGACGGGGAGGUCGUGGAGUUUGAUGUCGUAGAAGGCGAGAAGGGCAACGAAGCGGCCAACGUGACCGGCCCUGAGGGUGCUCCCGUGGAGGGGAGUAAGUACGCCGCCGAGCGCCGCCGUUACCGCCCCCGGUACUACAGCGGGGACGGCGGUGGCAGAGGCGGACGCCGCCGCUACCGAAGCAACCGCCAGGAUGACAAAGAUGGCGGAGAGCACAGUGGCGAGGGCGGCACAAACUCCGAGGGUGAGCAGCGAGACGAGGGCCCUCCCCGCCGGGGCCGAGGCGGGUACCGUGGGGGGCGAGGAAGGGGUGGCAGGCCGUACUCCUACCGCCGCCGCUACCGUGGACCCCCGCGCGAUGACGACAACCGUGACGUUGAUGACGGAGAUGACAACAAGGAUGACCGUGAGGGGGGCGAUGAGCGUCGCGGCACACCCGGGCGCCGUGGCAGACGUGGAGGACCUCCACCUUACCGCCGUUACCGUCGCAGGCCUCGCUCAAAUGAAGGCUCUGGCCCUGACGAGAACAAGGAGAACGCGGCAGAAGAUCGGCAGCCGCCCCGCCGUCGUAGAGGCCCCCCUCGCCGCCGCCCACAGUCCGGCAGCAAGGCUGAGGAUUCGAAUGAGGAGAGGGAUACAGCAGAGGGAGGGGACUCACCCGCAGAGGCCCCUGAUACUUCCGGUCAGGACGGAGACGCUGCCAAGCCAGAGUCCCACAGCGAGGACAAACCUGCCAAGGAGUAGCUCGUGAAAUCCUGUUAACAUUUCAUGGGAAACAUCAGUCCCAAAAAUUCAGAAGGCAACAAAAAAAACAUCUAGUGAAAAAAAAAUAAAAGCACCAUCAACCGGCGAAACUUUAGGAGUUCCUAAUUCCCACCUCGUUGGACGCUUUAAGAUCUUUUCUGGGUGUGGUAACGUACGAGCUUAAGAAGCGACAAUCCUCCGUCAUAUUGCUCUCGUCUUAUGACGGAUGUACCUGUAAGAGCAUGUUGUACCCUUGACCAACUUUGUAGGCCGGCCUUGUUUUGAAUUUCUUACCAUCAUCCAUUCGUAACGGUCCUGUGGGAGAAAUAAUGUUGAUUUUUGUGGUACCAUCUAUUUUCAAUCGUGUGUACUACCAACGUGAGGAAUAAACGUGAAAGAUUUUCGGCAGGACGAAGUAAAGGAAUUUUGAGCAUGA